AUGGAAAAACAUAAAAAAAAAAAGGAAAAUAAAAAACAUUUAAUUAAAUCUAAUCUAAGCAUUUCAAAUAUAGAUUCAGACUUAAACGAACUAAAAAACCAAAUAACUGAUAUUUUAAAACCAUUAAAAUCAAAGACAAAUACUAAAAUUCAAGUUAAUCAAAAAUUUAUAAAAUUUGAUGAAUGUCAAAUUUCUGAACUUAAACCUCUAAAAUUUAAACAAAAAACAAAUAACGAAACAAAUUUCACAAAUCUAAAGAAACCCAUAAAACGUAAAAGAACAGAAGAAGGAUUUACUGUAUAUAAUGAAGAAGAACUUAAUAUAGGAAAAGGAGGAAAUACAUCUAAGUGCCCCUUUGAUUGUAAUUGCUGUAAGAUUUUAUAA